AUGAUUUUAUUGACAUUCUGUUUCUAUUUGACACUACAAUUGAAUCACAUUAGUGGACAACUGAAUGAACACACCAAUGUACAACAGAAUCAAACUAUCUCACAUAUUGUUUUAGAUGCAAAUGAAACUAAUCCGAUUGCCGAUAACAAUCAAUCAGAAAUGGAUGUUACGAAUCUAAUGGAAAAUCAAUUGGAUUCAUCAGAUAUUGACAUUGAAAGGAAAAGGAGGUCACAACAAACACAACUUAUCAUAGAUUUCAGUGGAAUAAAAGAAAAGAGAAUAGCGUUACAGAGACAAAUAUCGGAAGGAGAUGACAGAAUAUCAUCGAUUGUACAAAAUCAAGAGCAGCGUGCAAUAUCGAAAACACAAAGAAAUAUCAGUGAAUUUCAAGUAGAGCAACGACAAAAUAUAGAAGAAAAAUUGCUGAAAGAAAAAAAACAUCAAAGAACAAACCAACAUAACAAAAAUGAAGGAAUGAAGAAUAAAACUGAAGAGGAGAACACCAUUAAAACAACACUAACAAAAAUAAUGUACACAGAAAUCUCAUCUGAAAGACCAACAUCACAACCAGUUACCGAUGUCGCGCAACUCACAACAGAACAAUUACUCGACAACGCACAAGUCGUGCCCAACAUCACCACCUCCAUCAACACUGAGACUACACUCACCAAUGCACAAUCCACACAACCAUCAUCUGCAUCUCCAACAUCACAACCAGUUACCGAUGUCGCGCAACUCACAACAGAACAAUUACUCGACAACGCACAAGUCGUGCCCAACAUCACCACCUCCAUCAACACUGAGACUACACUCACCAAUGCUCAAUCUACACAACAGUCACCUUGA